AUGGAGCUUUCCGCACGACACCCUCACUCAGUUCCUCUGGGUACAAAAGACCUAGGUCCAAUCUCCAUUUUGGCUCCAUUUUCGGCCUUGAUCAUCUCUGUCGUGUUGGUUGUAUUUUUCUUUGUUCGAUUCUACGUCCUCGAGGGAUUUCUCAUCCGUCGUCUAUAUGGCCCCAUCUAUACAGAGAUGAGUGAGUUAAACCGUCGUGGCUUCAUCAAUCACCACAUCGCUGGUGUCACCAAAGUGAUCAUUUUGAUUGUUGCCGCGUACCCGUUUGUCAGUGUCGCUUUCUGCAAUGGACCAACAUUUAGCACGCCUUUCGUUAAGGGGUCAAUAGUGACACUGGGGGACAUGCUGAUUGUUGUGGCUCAAAUGUUGAUUGGGAUAUACAUCUUCGAGCUGAUCUACCGCAUGAAGUUGUCACCCGUGGCUGUGAUGCACCACGUUGGGACAAUCUUCAUUGGGCAAGCGGCGAUCGCAAUCAGUCUGCGACCGUUACGCGAACCCGACGCGUAUGUCGAGUUCGUCCUCUGUACUGUCUGGGGCGCAUUCGAUGCCGUUUUCGAGUUAUUCCCCCACGCCGCUAUUAUUCUGUAUCGAAUCUUCCCCGAUCGGCACGAGCUCCUCAGCAAGGUCUUCCUCUUCUCCUGUUUCACGACCGCAUUGGGGACAGUCACCGAGACUAUUGUUACGAUGUGGCUGUUUGCAAGCACGUGGGACCGGUGGCGGCUUGCCUUCAAGAUUGUCACGCCCAUCCUGCAUCUGGCGUUCGCCACAGCCCAGGUCCAUGGCAGUCUUGUCUUCUGGCGGAUGUAUCUCCGACAAAAGCGCUUGCAGAGGGAGGCUGACGAGGAAGCCAAGUAUGUCUAUGACGGGGGUGAUGGCUCGGUAAACGAUCUUCAAUCCCUGAGCCAGAGUGGCCAGGGGGAGGUCGGCUUUGGCUUGGUCAACGUGGGGUCGGCUGUCCCACUUGUUGAUACUGUUGGGAAGGCACGUUAG